GACUGGAUGACAAAUCAUCCCCUUGUUGGACGCGAGCGAGAAAUGAAUGCACUUCGCAGCUAUAAAGCUGGGGCACGUUUCAGCAACUCCCAAGUUAUAUCCGUUUGGGGGAUAGCUGGCAUUGGGAAAUCAGCUCUUGUUAGAACCGUAUACUAUGACAGCAUGCUUAACAGCAAUCAAUUUAACAAGUACAGAUGGGUGGACGUAUCGCAUCCACUCAAUUUAUGGGAUUUCUCACGAAGCUUAAUUCAGCAUCAUUCAGAAAGUGAUCCCAUUGAAGCGUGUCGUGAGCUUCUGAGCCAAUACCAAUGUCUCAUUGUCAUUGAUGAUCUCCAGUCUAGAGAAGAAUGGGACUUAAUACAGGCUACUUUUUUACCUAGACAUUCUGCAAGUGUUAUCAUUGUCAUUACAACUAAAGCCGGUGUCGCCGCAUAUUGCAAUAACAGCGAAAAGCAAGUCUUCAAUGUCAAAGGACUAGAAGAUGCUGCGGCCAUGGAUCUCUUAAGAAAAGAGGUACACAGAAAGAAUCCAUGGACACCUUUAAAUGAUUACCAAAAUGAGGAUCUAGAAGAAGUUAUUUUGAAGUGUGGAGGUAUUCCUGAAGUGAUAGUUUGUAUAGCAGACCUAUUGGCCACAGAGACGGUAACACUGAUGGAUACUGUAAACUCAUUGAAUCAUAAAUUUAUGUACCACCUGGAGACCAAUACGGAUUUUGAAAGCCAGGGUAGCCUAUUUGAUUGGAUGCAUUCAUACUUCAAUAGUUGUUCCAUUUCACUCAAGGCAUGUAUUUUCUACCUAUCAAUUUUUCCUCGAGAUUACCACAUUCGGGGGAGGCGACUAGUAUGGAGGUGGAUUGCAGAAGGUUACACUAGAGAGAGCAGCGAAGAAUCAGCGGUGCGGAAAGGGGAGAAGUUCUUCUCCGACCUUCUUAGUAUGAGCAUAAUCCAUCAGAAACCAGGGUUAGUCGCCACUGCAUGCAAUGACACAAGAUUGGCUUCGUGCCUGGUCAAUGGAUUUUUCUACGAGUACAUUGUAUCACGGAGAAAGGAGGAUAACCAUGCAUUUGUACUCGGGCCCAAUGAUAUUCUCACCACCGAAGACAUAGGGCAGCACCUUGUCAUAUUAAGCAGUUGGGAAAGAGAUAGAAUUGGGUUUGAGAGCAUAGACUUCUCGUGGCUGAGGUCACUAACAGUGUUCGGAAAUUGGGACUCAUUCUUCAUCUCUACAAGUAUGAUGAUGCUUCUGGUGCUGGAUUUGGAGGAUGCAUUGGGUGUUAAGGAUGAUGAUCUUGAGAAGAUAGUAAAGGUACUGCGUGGCCUGAAGUUUCUCUCUUUACGAGGAUGUAGUGAGAUCUUCCAUCUGCCAAGUUCACUAGGUGAUCUCAGUCAGCUCCAGACAUUGGAUGUGAGACACACCUCCAUUGUCACACUGCCAGAAAGCAUCACCAAACUACAGAAGAUUCAGUAUAUCCGUGCCAGCACCAAGAUCUCUACAUCAACGCCACAGGCCUCAUCUAGAAGGUUGCUACAGUUGCGUAGAGGUCCUAGCCUAGUUGGUGUUAAGGUGCCAAGAUGGAUUGGUAAACUGUCCGCACUGCACACGCUCGGUGUUGUUAAUGUUGUUGCUUCAGGAGGGAGGGCCAUUGCAGAAGAUAUCAAGAAGCUGACCCAAUUGCGUAAGCUCGGCGUAUCUGGCAUCAACAAGCAUAACUGCAAGAAGUUCUUCUUUGCAAUCUCAUGUCUUGUGCAUUUGGAAUCCUUGCUAGUACAGUUCGAUGAGGACAGUCAAAGUUGCUUGGAUAAUAUCUCCCUGCCUUGGGAGAAACUACAGAGUCUUACUCUCCAUGGGAUCCAAAACAAGUUACCACUAGGAAACUAUCUUAAUAAGCUCAGGAAGUUGGAUCUGGAGAUGGACAAUUUACAGGAAAUUGAAAUGCAGUACCUUGGCAAACUACCGGAACUAAGUAUUCUACGCCUUCAAGUCAAACAGCUCGAGGAUGGUAAGCUCCUUUUUCUUAGCAGGAUGGAGGGUUUAGAGUUAAGCAUAUUCAUAAAGGUGAAGAUCCUCGAGAUCACAUGCAGGUCCAGUAGGUUACAUGUAAUCUUUGAAUAUAAAUCAAUGAAUAAUGUUGAGCUGCUCAAGAUUGACUGCUCCAAUGCGGCAUAUCAGCUCACCGGCCUGCAUAAUCUAUAUGAACUCAAGGAAGUCACGCUUAAGGGUACUGCUGAUGAAGCAAUCAAGACAAGCCUGCAGUACCAGCUUGCCAACCAUCCAAAUGAGCCUACUGUGAAUCUCUCAGGACUACCAUGAUCGUGCUGAAGGAUAGACGAGACCUCUCCAAUGAUUCUUCACGUGGAUAGUCCGAGUCCGAG